UAGAAGAACAUUCAGAACACAUUGACUUGUUCUUGGCAAAUCAUGUAAAAUAUUCACUAUUUUCUGCAAUAAAUAGUUUUUAACAUAUUUAAUGACAAGUAGAUCAAAAGAUCCGUGUAAAAAAUACGCUUGCAGGAUUCAAGUUUGUCUUCAGGAAAACCAGUACCAAGAGAGUAAAUGCCAGGAUUUAUUAGAGGAUUUGCGGCUGUGUUGUGUUAAGUGGCAUAAAGAAUCAGUGUGCUGUUCUGGAAUAGAUUUAAGUCGCAAUUAUUUGCAAACACAAAAUUCUAAUAGCAUAGUGAAUAAUGCAAAAAUAUCCAAUUCCUGAAUACAAAACCACUCCACAAUUACAAGCGGAAAUUGAAAUAUUGAAGCAACAACGAGCCAAUCA